AUGGCUACGAUAGGGAUGAUGGACAGUGCGUAUUUUGUUGGAAGGAAUGAGAUUCUUUCUUGGAUCAAUGACAGGCUUCAGCUCAAUCUAUCUCGCGUUGAGGAGGCCGCAUCUGGUGCUGUGCAAUGUCAGAUGAUGGACAUGACCCAUCCAGGAAUUGUUCCAAUGCAGAAGGUGAAUUUUGAUGCAAAGACCGAAUACGAUAUGAUCCAAAAUUACAAAGUUCUGCAGGAAAUCUUUAACAAACUCAAAAUUGACAAGCAUAUUGAAGUCAACAAACUUGUAAAGGGUCGACCUUUAGACAACUUGGAGUUUUUGCAAUGGCUGAAACGUUAUUGUGAUUCUGUAAAUGGUGGCAUUAUGAAUGAGAAUUAUAAUCCUGUGGACCGUAGAAGUAAGGGCAAUAAGGAACGAAAUCCCAAGGGUUCUCUUAGGACCUCGAAGUCACUGCAAGCAAACAAAUGUUAUAACCCUGGCUUGGGGACCAAAGAAGGCAAAGCAAACACUAUAGGUGUGGGGGCUGAUUCAUCAAAGGAAAUUCAAGCUUUGUCCACAGAGAUUACAGAUCUCAAGCUUUCUGUAAACCUUUUGGAAAAAGAAAGAGAUCUCUAUUUUGCGAAAUUACGGGAUGUUGAAAUACUUUGCCAGACUCCUGAAUUGGAGCAUCUGCCAAUAGCUGUGGCGAUUAAGAAGAUAUUAUACGCCGCAGAUGAAAAGGAGUCGGCACUUGCAGAAGCUCAAGAAAUCAUAAGUCAGUUGAUGAAUGUUGAUCAAACGGAUGUGGGUUCUGAGUCUAACUGA